AUGAGCGCGUCCACGCUGACGCUCUACCGGCACAUCUUGAAGGCCGCGAGGACGUUCCCGAGCCGUAACCGCGCGGGGAUCAUCGAGGACAUCAAGCUCGAGUUCCGCGAGAACCGAGCGGUGACGGACGCCGCGGCGCUGCGCGCGAAGAUCGCGCUCGCGAACGACGGACUCGAUCGCAUGCGCGCGUACACCGGUCUGGACUCGGGGUCGAGCGCGUGGGACGUGUCUCUGAAAGGGCCGUUCGACGGCACGAACGGGAUGGGGGAGAAAGAGGACUCAAAGAGGGAGGACGGGAGGUGA